GAGAGAAAGAAACAAACUUUUCCCGCUUUCUUUGAGCCUCUCUUUCACUCUCUCUUUCUGUGUUUUUGAGGCUAGGAAAUUGAUAGAUUAAUCAGCACUUUGGGUUUAUAUCGUCAUGUUAAUCAACAAACGAGAUGGAAGGUAAAAAUAUAAAAGACAAUUUUGAUAAAGUGGAAAAGAUUGGCGAAGGAUCCUAUGGUGUUGUUUACAAAGCAAGACAUCGAAUCAGUGGUGACCUAGUUGCAUUGAAAAGGAUUCCUUUGGAUAUUGAAUCUGAAGGUGUACCCAGUACUGCCAUAAGAGAAAUCGCAUUGCUUCGAGAGCUCAACCAUCCUAAUGUAGUCAGACUACUGGACGUUAUUCACAGUGACAAAAAUCUUUACCUUGUUUUUGAGUAUCUGAAUCAAGAUUUGAAAAAGCUACUAGACGAAAGCGAGACUGGCUUAGAGAAAAGUUUGGUUAAAAGUUACCUCUGGCAGCUUCUGCAAGGAAUCGCUCACUGUCACACCCAGCGAGUCUUGCAUCGUGAUCUCAAACCUCAAAAUCUUCUCAUUGAUGACGCUGGUAACAUUAAAUUAGCUGAUUUUGGUCUGGCCCGAUCAAUUAGUUUACCUAUUCGAGGCUAUACACACGAAGUAGUCACUCUGUGGUAUAGAGCACCCGAAAUAUUACUCGGAUCGUCUGUAUAUGGUCCAGCUGUUGAUAUUUGGGCAAUAGGGUGUAUUUUUGCCGAAAUGUAUACAAAAAAAGCUUUAUUUCCGGGAGACUCUGAAAUUGAUCAAUUAUUUAGAAUCUUUCGAACUCUCGGCACUCCUAGUGAAAAGACUUGGCCUGGAGUAGAAAAGUUACCAGAUUUCAAAAAAACUUUCCCUCAGUGGGCUAGACAAGAUUUAUUCCGUUUUUUACCUCCGAUGGAUAAAGAUGCUAUUGAUCUUUUGACUAAUCUUCUCAAAUAUGAUCCAAACAAAAGACUUUCUGCUCGAAAAGCAUUAACUCAUAAGUAUUUCAAAGAUGUUACCAUCAAGCCAUUAUCACGAAAUCUGCAUUGAGUAUUGGAAAAAAUUUCACCUUUCGUGUUUGUGCAAAUUAUCGAAAUCAAAUUUAUGAAGUGAUUUAUCAAUUAUUCUGAAGUUUGAAUCAUUUUCAGCAUUGAUGUGAUCAAUUUAAAAACAGCAAUUUUAUUCGCUUUGUCUUCCACAUUCCGUUCAACCAAGACUGAUUAGCUUUAUUUAUGACAUUUGAAGACUAUUUGUGAGUUUGACUCACUAAGUUCACUUCCAUUUCAUACACUUAGCUGUUGCUACAAAAGUGAAUUAUUGAAGUCAAAUUGAAAUCAAAUGACAAUGAAUAAAAUUGAGUCAUCAUACAGAUUCAAUCA